AUGUCUUCUGAAACCUUUGAAUUCCAGGCUGAGAUCUCUCAGCUUCUCUCGCUGAUCAUCAACACUGUCUACUCCAACAAGGAGAUUUUCCUGCGAGAACUCAUCUCGAACGCCUCCGAUGCCCUCGACAAGAUCCGCUACCAGUCCUUGUCGGAUCCUACCAAGCUCGACUCGGGCAAGGACCUCCGCAUCGACAUCAUCCCCGACAAGGAGAACAAGACCCUCACCAUUCGUGAUACCGGUAUUGGUAUGACCAAGGCUGAUUUGAUCAACAACCUCGGUACCAUUGCCCGUUCUGGCACCAAGCAGUUCAUGGAGGCUCUCUCCGCCGGUGCUGAUAUCUCCAUGAUUGGUCAGUUCGGUGUUGGUUUCUACUCUGCUUACCUUGUUGCCGACCGCGUCACCGUUGUGUCCAAGAACAAUGAUGAUGAGCAGUACAUCUGGGAGUCUGCCGCUGGUGGCACCUUCACCCUCACCCAGGAUACCGAGGGUGAGCAGCUCGGCCGUGGUACCAAGAUCAUUCUGCACUUGAAGGAUGAGCAGACCGACUACUUGAACGAGAGUCGUAUCAAGGAGGUUGUUCGCAAGCACUCCGAGUUCAUCUCCUACCCCAUCUACCUCCACGUCCUGAAGGAGACUGAGAAGGAGGUCCCUGACGAGGAGGCUGAGGAGACCAAGGAGGAAGAGGAUGAGGAGAAGAAGGCCAAGAUCGAGGAGGUCGACGAGGAGGAGGAGGAGAAGAAGAAGGAGAAGAAGACCAAGACUGUCAAGGAGAGCAAGAUCGAGGAGGAGGAGCUCAACAAGACCAAGCCCAUCUGGACUCGCAACCCUGCCGACAUCACCCAGGAGGAGUAUGCCGCCUUCUACAAGUCCCUCUCCAACGACUGGGAGGACCAUCUCGCUGUCAAGCACUUCUCCGUCGAGGGUCAGCUUGAGUUCCGUGCUAUCCUCUACGUUCCCAAGCGUGCUCCUUUCGAUCUCUUCGAGACCAAGAAGACCAAGAACAACAUCAAGCUCUACGUCCGUCGUGUCUUCAUCACUGAUGACGCCACCGACCUCAUCCCCGAGUGGCUGGGCUUCAUCAAGGGUGUUGUCGACUCUGAGGAUCUGCCUCUCAACCUGUCUCGUGAGACUCUGCAGCAGAACAAGAUCAUGAAGGUCAUCAAGAAGAACAUUGUCAAGAAGACGCUUGAGCUCUUCAACGAGAUUGCUGAGGAUCGUGAGCAGUUCGACAAGUUCUACUCUGCUUUCAGCAAGAACAUCAAGCUCGGUAUCCACGAAGAUGCCCAGAACCGCCAGACUCUUGCCAAGCUGCUCCGCUACCAGUCUACCAAGUCUGGUGACGAGGCCACCUCCCUCGCCGACUACGUCACCCGCAUGCCUGAGCACCAGAAGCAGAUCUACUACAUCACUGGCGAGUCUAUCAAGGCUGUUGCCAAGUCUCCCUUCCUUGACAGCCUCAAGCAGAAGAACUUUGAGGUCCUGUUCCUGGUUGACCCCAUCGAUGAGUACGCUUUCACUCAGCUGAAGGAGUUCGAUGGCAAGAAGCUGGUCGACAUUACCAAGGACUUCGAGCUCGAGGAGACCGAGGAGGAGAAGGCUGAGCGCGAGAAGGAGGAGAAGGAGUAUGAGAACCUGGCUAAGAGCCUCAAGAACAUCCUUGGCGACAAGGUUGAGAAGGUCGUCGUGUCGCACAAGCUCGUCGGCUCUCCUUGCGCUAUCCGUACUGGCCAGUUCGGUUGGUCCGCCAACAUGGAGCGUAUCAUGAAGGCUCAGGCUCUGCGUGACACCUCCAUGAGCUCUUACAUGUCCUCCAAGAAGACCUUCGAGAUCUCUCCCAAGUCCUCUAUCAUCAAGGAGCUGAAGAAGAAGGUUGAGGCCGACGGUGAAAACGACCGCACUGUCAAGUCCAUCACCCAGCUGCUCUUCGAGACCUCCCUCCUUGUUUCCGGCUUCACCAUCGAGGAGCCUGCCAGCUUCGCUGAGCGCAUUCACAAGCUCGUGUCUCUUGGUCUGAACAUUGAUGAGGAGGCUGAGACCACCGAGGAGAAGGCCACCGAGGAGGCUGCUCCUGCCGAGGCCACCACUGGCGAGAGCGCCAUGGAGGAGGUUGACUAG